GAACACUAUAAACUUGCUGGCCAAGUCACGUUUAAAUUUAAUUUCAGAUAAAUUUAACUCCAAAAAGUUCAAAAAAGUAAAAACACUUCUAAGUUCGUCUUUGUACAUCUUUUCGAGACUCUGCUUGUUGUCAAGUGCCUCUGGGUUUUUACAUCGAAGAGAAUUUUUUUUCGUAAUCACAGAGAAAACACCAUGUUUCUGACCAGGAGCGAGUAUGACAGAGGAGUCAACACUUUUUCGCCGGAAGGUCGGCUGUUUCAGGUUGAAUACGCCAUGGAAGCCAUCAAGUUGGGUUCUACUGCAGUGGGUUUAAAGACAAAUCAUGGUGUAAUACUUGCAGUCGAGAAACGCAUCACCUCGCCGUUACUGGAGCCAAGCAGUGUGGAGAAAAUCAUGGAGAUUGAUGAACAUAUUGGAUGUGCAAUGAGUGGAUUGAUAGCUGAUGCUCGCACACUUGUUGAACAUGCACGAGUUGAAACUCAGAACCAUAGGUUCUCUUAUGGUGAGCCUAUGAGUGCAGAGUCCACAACUCAAGCGUUGUGUGAUCUUGCACUUCGUUUUGGAGAAGGCGAUGAAGACUCUAUGUCACGACCAUUUGGAGUAUCUCUUCUGAUUGCAGGUCAUGAUGAGAAUGGGCCUUGUUUAUAUUAUACAGACCCUUCAGGUACAUUUUGGCAAUCUGAUGCAAAAUCUAUCGGAUCUGGAGUUGAAGCCGCAGACAUUUCCUUGAAGGAACAGUACAGUAAGGAUAUGACAUUGGAAGAAGCGGAGACUGCUGCACUUUCUAUUUUGAAGCAAGUGAUGGAAGAUAAGGUGACAGCCAAUAAUGUGGACAUUGCAAAAGUUGCACCCACUUAUCAUCUAUAUACUCCUGCAGAAGUGGAGGCAGUCAUAAGUCGCCUAUGAUUACAUUUCUGCUACAAUGAUUUUGUAGGGACAGGAGGAGCAUUUUCGGACAGUACUUAAUCUUGGAACUAUGUUUUAUUUACAUCUUUGCUUUUUGAGUUUAUUGGUGAAGUCAUUACAAUCAAGAAAAUUAUUCUGGUCAAAUUUAGCCAAGUAUUUAUUUUUUCUCAUCAAAUCUGAUGUAAGGUGAGAAGUUCCAAGACAGCUUUCACAUAUAUUCAAUAAAACUAAUACCGUUUUAGUCA